AUGUCGAGAAUAUUAACGGAUGAUGAUGAUGAAACCCAAACAAUUGAACAAUCUUAUGAUGAUUUUAUACUCAAUUUUAAAUCAGAUCCAUCAAUAACUAUUCUAUCAAAAAAUUCUCUAUCACUUUUGCAUGAAUAUGCUCAAUUAAAUGGACAAAAAUUAUCAUUUCAAUUAAUUUCACAAUCUGGACAAAGCCAUCAACCAAUUUUUGCUGUAGCUGUUCUUCUUGAUGAUAGACAAUUUUCAGCUGCAUUGGCAUCAACAAAACGUGAAGCAUGUAUAGAAGCAGCUUAUAAAGUUUUUUAUCAAUUAUCACUAGAUGCAAGACAAUCUCAAAAAUUUAUUACAAGAAAUGAUUGUGCAUUGUUUGAUCGCAUUGCAUCGAAAGUUUUAUCAACAUAUCGAGAUUUAUGUAUUAGUGUAUUAUUAGAACUUAUUGGUUGUAAAGUUCUUGCUGGAUUUGUUCUAGAAAAAACUGAUGAACAAACAUUUACUGUUAUUAGUCUAGCAACAGGUAAUAAAUGUGUUGGUGGUUCAGUAUUAUCACCAAAAGGAUUAGUUGUUCAUGAUAGUCAUGCGGAACAAUUAGCUCGUCGAGGUUUUAUCAGAUAUUUAUAUGGGCAACUAGAAUCUUUUCGAAAAAAUACAGAAUCAAUAUUUGAAAAAGGAAAUAAUGAAAAAUUAGUGUUGAAACCUACAAUACGUAUUCAUUUUUAUACAUCAUUUGCACCAUGUGGUGAUUCAGCAUUAUUUACUCCGAGAGAUACAAUAACUGAAGCAUUAAUAAGAGAUGAACAUCAAUUAUAUCGAACAGCACGUGUACAAGGGCAACUUCGUUCUAAAAUUGAAAAUGGUGAAGGAACAAUUCCAACAGAUUCGAAAAGUACUAUUCUAUCUCUUGAUGCUAUUGCAAAUGGUAAACAUGUUCGACAUAUGUCAUGUUCAGAUAAGAUUUUUCGUUGGAAUGUAUUGGGUAUACAAGGUGCAGUUCUUUCAAAUGUAAUUCAACCCGUUUAUCUACAUUCUAUUACAAUUGGUUUUCCAUUUCAUUAUGGCCAUUUAUGUCGAGCUUUAUGUUGUCGAUUGCAAGAAUAUUUUAAUUCAAAUCCAUUAUCAGAACCUUAUCGUCUUAAUCAUCCUCUUAUUGGACAUACUAAAUUAAAAUGGACAGAAAAAAAUCAUCGAAAUAAUAAUAAUUCAUAUGAUAGUCUUAAUUGGAAUAUUAAAGAUAACACUAUUGAAUUAAUUGAACCAUCAUUAGGAAAACGAAAACCAAAUAAUGAACCAUCUCGUUUAUGUAAAUCGGAAAUAUUUCAAUUAUAUAAAAACAUAUAUUCAACUAAUAAUAAAAAUUAUGAUCAAAUUAAGAAAUCAUCAGUUAUAUAUGAACAAUGUGUAGAAACAGUUGUUUCUGGAUAUGCUGGUGGUAAUAAAACAAAUCCGUCCUAUGAAGAAGUAUGUACUGGAACUACUAAUCAUGUUGAAGUUGUUCAGAUCAUAUUUGAUCCACAAACAAUCGCUUAUAAACAAUUAUUAAAUGUUUUUUUUAAUAUUCAUGAUCCAACUACAAAAGAUCGACAAGGUGCUGAUAUUGGUACUCAAUAUCGUUCUGUUAUAUUUUAUCAUGAUCCAGUACAACAAAAAGAAAGUGAAAUGUUUAAAGCACAUUUAACUAAUGAAAACGUUUAUAAAGAUCCAAUUGUAACAGAAAUUUUACCAAUUGAUAAGAAUCAAUUUUAUUCUGCUGAAGAAUAUCAUCAAAAUUAUUUUAAUAGAAAUCCAAAUCAAGGCUAUUGUUCAACUAUUGUUAAAAGUAAAAUUGAUAAAUUUAUGACAAAAUUUCCUGACUUACUCAAAAAUCAAAUUUAA